CGCGCCAAAGACAUUGUGAUCGUUCAAUAAACAGUGACGCCAUUCGUAGCAGCUCCUCCUCCUCCUCGCGCCUCCUCGCCAUGGAGCAGUUCAAAAGACAAUCGAGUGAAUACUUACUUUCUAACAAUAAAGGUUUUUUAUCAAAAGUACGAGAUGAAGAUGUUCCGAAAAUGCUUUUCCUCUCUGUCAAUCCUAACAAGAUUGAAGAACAAGAGACAACCUGCGCGGCCUCUGGCUAUACCGACGGCGUCAGUAUCGGCAAGAAAGUCAUGGUGACAGAAUUCCGAGGUGAAGAAACGUCAGACUCCGUCACAAGAUUAUUGGAGAAAUUUGAGAGAUCUUUGAGCGAGAAGAGCAUUAACCCAGUACGCCGCGAACUGCAACUUCGCAUCCUGAAACUCAGCAGUGUGGAAUUUAACACCAACCCCCUGAGCACCCUGGAGAGUAACUUCUCCGACGAAAACGAUCAGCUCAACAACGAGGAGGAAGAUAUUUUGGAAUUCACCGAAAUCUUCGAGAUGUUCAACGUAUCCGCGCCCGAGAAUAUCAAAGUCAAUUUCGGGAAUAUCAUUUCGAGCAAGAAGAUUCCGCUGAAGAGGGGAGACAUCGGCAACUAUAGCAAGAAGACCUUCUUCGUAUACGCGGAGAACAAGAUCAUGAUGAAGAUCUGCGACUCCCUCUCUCCCCGGGACGUCUAUUGCCUCUACGAGAUCAUAAGGGAGUCGAAGGCCAUCGAGAAUGAUGACAAAGUGAGGGACCUCUUGUCUCAGGAGAUAGACCAAGGGGCGCUAGAGAAAGUGCGUGGCCUAAAGGACGUGGCCUUUUACUACCUCACGCUCAUGAUGAUGAGGAAACAACUCCUCAACCGCCUUUACACUCACAGACUCGUUUUCCUCUUCGACCAGCUGAAGGAAAUGAAGAGCGGACGAGACCCCAACAUCGAUCGCAUUCUGGACACCCUCAACCGAUACCCCGUGGCUUCUCGACCUCCGGGCCUGUGCAUCGUGUUCAACAUGAUAGAGAACAGGAACGGGGCAGCCAAGGACCUCAUCAAAGUGAGGGAGUUGUUUGAAAAGGAAUAUAAAUUUGAUUUCUUCGUGAAAAUUGACCCCACAGCUGAAGAAAUAAAGACAAUUGUUAGCAAACUCAAGGCAGCUAGGAACAAGUUUUACGACAGCCUGGUCGUGUGGUUCAUGGGUCACGGAAACAAGACUUACCUCACUGUGAAGAAUGAACAGCACAUUCAUCGACGCACCGACCUCAUUCAGCCCUUCACAGAAAUUGAGUGGUUUAACAAGAAGCCCAAACUAUUCUUCAUACAGGCGUGUGCUGUGAAGAAAGAUCGAAAGAGGUUUUCGUCAACGUCGCAGCCCAAGGAACUGUCGGCUCUCCAGGCAUCUACGGACUCCUCCGGAUGGCGCGCCCCUGCUAGCAGCGAGUGGCAGGACAAGUACGCUAGUUAUACCGACGUGUCUCAGGUGAACUCCUUCGCUGACACGCUCAUCUCCUACGCGACCAUGUGGUACCAGUACGCUUCUAGAGGCGAGGAAGGUUCACUGUACGUUGACACACUAGUGGACCAGCUGAGGCAAUAUGGGUGCAAAGAGAGCGUCGAAAAUGUUCUUCGUCGUGUUCACUACAACGUGAACACAGUGGCUCUCUUGCACAGUGAACAGGGCCAGGACAUUACGUGGAAGCAGGCACCCUAUUUUGAAUCUUCACUACAAAAGGCUUUCAUAUUCCCUAAGCCUGAAAAAGCAGUGGCUGGUAUAGGUCGGUAAAUUGAAGGAUUUAUAUCCAUACAGUACUGAUAUAUAUGUCCGCUAAUGCAGUUAUAACCUCCCAUGAAUGUGCAUACAAGCGUACACAACACAGAGAGACGGACCUAUGUAUACUUUUACAAGCUCAAGGGGCAAUGGUCUCAAGAUAAGAAAUAUUUUGUUUAGCUCUAAGUACCUUUUUUAUAUAAUGUCAAUGUCAUUUAUUAAAUAUCUGGCUGUAAAGGAUUGUUUGUUAGAAAGAAUUGCAUGUUAUUCUAGUCGUCAUAAGUGUACUCAAAAGCUGUUUGAAAUUCAGCUAGAAUUAUUAAUGAUAUACUUUAAGUAUUUGAUAUGUAAUUAAAAUGAUAAGUUGUUCAUUUUAAUUCCUGUGUAACAUUAAUGACUAAUUCAUAUGUGAUCUGCCUUUUAAACUGUAAAAAGCCAGUUGGUUGUAAAAUUUGAUCAACAUGGCUUUGAUCUCUGGAAUAAGAAAGGUUUUGGCAAUGGACCCUUCAUCUUUACCUUUAUCUUUAUCUAGAGCAAUUACUAAAUAAAAGAUAUCUUCUA